CAUGAACCAAAGCAUAUUAAUUGUGUUAUACAAUCCGACAGAUUUCCACAUCCGACUCCAUUCGAAACUCCUUUCCAAUUUAUAAUGUCGUCUUACAGCACCAACGGCACGAAUGGCGUGAACGGAACGAACGGCAUGAACGGCACCACCGCCAACGGUGUCACGACCAGCGGCGUCACUACGAACGGCACCACCAAACCCCUGAACCCCCUCGACCCCUGCUUCCACGACGGUGAUGGCACCUCACCGGUCACCGCGGCGUGGGGCCCAAGCUUCACUGCUGCCUUCGCUGCCAACUCUACGGAGAGCGGCGUCAUUAUUGAUCGCCGCGGCGUGAGCCCUCGCUUCAUUCGCGAGACACUUGCCACCGCCCGCUCGUACGCCUCCAUGGGCUACGAGAACUUCUACGACGGAGCGACUGGCGAGCAGCUGACGCAGCGCCCCUGGCGGCUUGGUUGGCCAGGCUGGCAUCAAUAG